AUGGGCUUCGAGAUACCCGGAAUCGGGUAUGAUUACACUGUUAAAUAUGUGAACAGUAACUGGAGAAAGAAGAGAAAAAUUCAAAGCGAUAAUUAUGGGCUUCCAAUUGUGGCCCCAACGGUUACAAACCAGCCAUACAGUUAUUGCCCAUUAAUUCCACCGACUGAGGUAUAUGACUUUAAUAUGCUAUACACGGACGAUUGGAACAUCAGACUUGGUAUGGAUGAGGGUAGGAAUUGCGAUUUGCGUGCACGAAGGAAUUCGGUUUUUGGCGGAUUUAAUUCGUACGAUAUGAAUAUUCCGGAAGAUGUUAUUACAACAACUGUCGGAAACGAGAAUAACAAAAGCUUGGUUUCAAACCCUCUUCAAAUUAAUACAAAUUACAAAAGUAUUAAGUCGGAAACUGCUGAAAAUAUGCAGAUGCAAUCGACACAUGUUUCGGGAUCUGUGAAAAAGAAGUCAACUGAAAAAGUGCUGCCAGUUCAAGAACCGCAGAAGCCGAAACAACUUGUUAAUCUACCAACAGAGAUCUUAUUGCGGAUAAUAGCACUUUCCAAAAAUGUUCCAGGAUUGCUACAAACAUGUCGGUUUUUCUUUGACUUUGUUGUGUUGCAUCAAGCACAUAUAUAUCGACUGUUAAUUGAGUAUUACUAUCUGACUAAGAUAAAGUGCUCCGUCACUUUUGGAUCCAUUAUCAAGGCAAACAGACUUACCGAUGAAGAACAUAUACAGAACUCCAUGGCUUUUACCAUUGAAGAUAUGGAAAAGAGAAUGAAACAUCAUCAGGAACAGCAAAGGAAAAGAAGACGCAGUAGUGUCCACUACCAAAGUAAGGAUAUCAUAAUUGUCCUUGAUUCAGAAUGUCUUCUGCAACCAUUUAUGUCAUAUAAAUUGUUCAGAGCAUUUACGAUUGAUGCGAUUCUUCCGGCAUUUAAGAUCAAACAGCUGAGAUCUGAAGUUGAACAUUCUGUAGGUGCCUUACAACAAAAUUUGUUAAGCUCUUAUCAGACGACUUUCGUUGGUACGGACAGAUUAAAUAAAGCAGAGGUCCUAAAGAAGUUUGUCAAUGAAUCAGAAAUUCCAUUUCCGUACCUUGAUCCGAGUAAUCCAUCCAAUUUGGAUUAUCUUGGUGAGGAUGAUUAUGUAGAUAAGCUUCGUCUAGUGAAGAAAAUUAUGCUACUGCAUCCAAAGUUUGAAAAUAUUCUACAAGAUAUCGUUUACUUUUUGAUAGAGUUAAACAUUAAAGUGAAGGAAGUCAUGCCGUCAGACGUUGAAUUCAACGAUAUUAGACUAAAAUUAAAGGAUAUGAAGGUUUUGAUUGGGGACCAAGUUGAGCAUUUAGGAGUGUCACAGGAUGAUACAUCUGAGACCGACGGGGAGGAUAAGAAGAAGUUUGUUAUUACAAGUCCUGAACUUGUACUGAGUAUUCUGAUGAAGGCAGGAAAAAAAUGGUCAAAAAGUCUUUUGAAGUAUGUCUCUAGGGAUGCAUUGCAGGAAAACGAACAUUUCUGGACGUGUAUUAUGGAAAGCAAAAGACUUGAUUAUGUCAAAUGGUUGGAGAAAUAUGCCCACUUGAGUCCAAGUGCGGGAGUUCUUAACAUUUUGGCAAGAAAUUCGCAAGGUGAAUAG